GGGGACUCACGAGUGAAGAAAUUCAGAGGGACCAGAAACUGGGCCGUGAUCUGGAUGCAGAUGGGAUACCAUUGGGACCAUGGCAGAUUGAUGUCUUCGAAUGGUUCAGUAGCUCAACUGACUCGAACAUGGCCAUGAUGCUGGCGCAGACAGAUAAAGGUCUCGGCGCUUUUUUUGCGCCAAUACGUCGCCGGGCUGUUGGUAAAUAUGAACUGAACGGUGUUCGCAUCCAAAGACUGAAGAACAAGAUGGGCAACAAAGGUCUACCAACCACAGAGCUAAAGCUUAAAGGCACUCGUGGAUGGAUGAUUGGGAAAGAAGGCAAUGGUCUCAAAAAAAAAUCGGCAAUUCUUAGUGCUCUCGGAUUCUGGGGACGGGCCUUGUCGAUAAGUCGCGCAUAUACUAAAACCUGCAAUGUUCGCGAUGGAUUAUUACAAGACAGCCCUCAGCAUCUACGAUGGAUGGCGAACCAGACGGUCGAUUACUGGGCAGCAUUCCAACUGGCAUUCUUCGGAGUUGCCUUGCUAGGAACCACUGAGCAAGGUCGCCACGGACAUGACGCUAGAGCACAAAAGUUAUUUCCACCGGAAGAUGCAGCUCUAAAGACAGGCUCUGUUAGGAGUGUCGAAGGCGUACGGGCAUGAUGGAGUGCCUUGGUGGAGUUGAGUACUGUGAGAACAACGAAGACGGGGGGAUUAUGAACGUGACAAGGCUAUUUCGAGAUACAGCAGUGACGCCGAUAUGGGAAGGAACAGUGAGUCUAGCGGCCUAGGAUACAGUCAGAGUUUUGAAGGAUAAGAGGCUGGGUCAUAGCGUUGUUGAGGGUGUCUUUGGCACCUGGGUUGAGGCCGCCUUGAAGAACUGUCAGGAUGAGGGCAAAUUUCAGAAAGAAUGCUCACUGGUUAGAAUGUGG